GUUUAAAUAAAGGAGAUAAUACAUUGUUGUUACUGUCAUUUUGUCAUGUUACAAAUAUGCAAGUAGUAAAGACUCACUUCUUCAUUCGAACCACUCCUCUGCCAGGAAGCAGGAGGAAUUAAAAAAAUGCAGCUCUUCUUCUCUCUGUCCUACUGAACAACAUUCAGUCUGACACUGUGAGGGAGGCGAAAUGGCUCUGUCAGGAUUUACGCUUAACACGGAGAAACUCUCCUGUUCGAUCUGUUUGGAUCCCCUGAAGAACCCGGUGACGAUCCCCUGUGGUCACAGCUACUGCAUGGAGUGCAUUAAGAACCACUGGGACAGGGAGGAGAGGAAAACCUACAGCUGUCCUCAGUGCAGACAGACCUUUAUGCCGAGGCCUGUCCUGGUGAGGAACACCAUGUUGGCUGAUUUAGUGGAUGACAUGAAGAAAGUAGGACUCCAAGCGACUCCUGCGGAUCAUUGCUAUGCUGGACCUGAAGAUGUGGCCUGUGAUUUCUGCACCGACAGGAAGCUGAAAGCCUUCCGGUCCUGUCUGCAGUGUUUGGUCUCUUACUGCGAGCAGCACCUGAAGCCUCACUGGGACUUUCCCGCCUUGAAGAAGCACAAACUCAUCAACCCGUCAAAGAAGCUCCAGGAGAACAUCUGCCCCAAACACGGAGAGCUGAAAGCCAUUUUCUGUCGCACCGACCAGCAGUGUAUCUGCUAUCUGUGCUCCCUUGAUGAUCACAAAGACCAUUCCACCAUCUCUGCUGCAGCAGAAAGGACAGAAAGACAGAAACAACUCACGCCAAGUCAGCAAAAAAUGAAGCAGCAACUGCAGGAUUGUGAAAAAGCUGUUAAGCUUCUCCAGGAGGAGUUGGUAGCGAUUGGCCGAUCUGCUGAUAAAGCUCUGACAGACUCGGAGAAAAUCUUCACCGAACUGAUUCGUCUGAUUGAAAGUAGAAAGUCUUUAAUCAAGCAGCAAAUAGAGAAUCAGCAGAAGACGGAGGAGAAUCGUGUCAAAAAGCUCCUGGAAAAGCUGGACAAGGAGGUCACCGAGCUGAAAGGAAAAGAUGCUGAACUGGAGCGACUCUCUCAAACAGAGGACCACAUCGAGUUUCUGUACAUGUUCCCGUCGCUUUCUGGACCAGGAGAACGCACGGCGACGUCUCUCCCAAAGCAGCGUACGCGGUGCUACUUCCAGGAUGUUACAGAGACAAUUUCAGAGGUGGGAAAUAAAGUGCAGAGCUUUCUCAGUCAAGACUGGCCCAGAGUUUCCAGGGCAGUGGCUAAUCCGGAUGUUUUACUGCCACUGGAGGAGCUGACAGCCAGAGCAGAGUUCCUAAAGUUCUCCCAACCAAUCACUCUGGAUCCAAACACUGUGAACAUGCAGCUGGUUUUAUCUGAGAGGAACAGAAAAGUGACUUAUAGAAGUAUAAAACAGAUGUACCAGGCCCACAGUGAGCGGUUUCACAGCAGGUCUCAGGUCCUGAGCAGAGAGACUCUGACUGGACACCAUUACUGGGAGGUGGAGUGGAGCGGGUUGGGGGCUUUUAUUGGAGUCGCUUACAAAACUAUCAGCAGAACGGGAGACAAUAGUGAGUUUGGAAAAACUGACAAGUCGUGGGUGUUGCUGUGUUCAGAGUCUCUGCAUGAAUUCAGACAUAAUAACAGCGUAACUCUGAUUUUAGGUCCACAGACCGAAAGAAUAGGAGUGUACCUGGAUCACAGAGCAGGACUCCUGUCCUUCUACAGCGUCUCUGGAGCCAUGUCACUGCUGCACAGAGUCCAGACCACGUUCACUCAGCCGCUCUGUGCUGCAUUCAGGGCCCAUCAUGGCUUGGCAUCGCAGUCCUCUGCUGUGUUUUGUGAGAUCAAGUAGGCAACCGCUUGUAGAAAAAUGUAAUUCAGGUCUGGUUUCUUUUUAAAGUUCUCUUUGGUACAGUCAGGCUGAUAGUCCGGUAGACUUGGUUCUGUGUUACAUUUUCAGCUGCUGCAGUUCUCUUUCACACUGCAGCAUUUUGUCACACCAACCAAACCUUCUGAAAAACCUGUUCCCCUCCUCACCUGUGAGGGCGCUGCACCAAGAAACACUGAAGAAAACAACACGGAAACCUCUGAAGGAGACACUGAGCACAAAUUCCUUCUUUAUAAAAUAUCAACAAAAAUUGAAUUGCAUCAGAUUUUGAAGGUUGUAGGAUUUCUCUUUUGUCAUUGGUAAAAUCCCACUAGCUAUUUCUCCCGCUAGCGCUAGGCUAGCAUGUUUGUUUUGGAUGUUUUUACCCAGAAUGCCCUGCGCUGUAGUUCACUUCCUGCUUUUGUAGCGGCCUCUGGUCAGGUUGGCAUUCACAUAUGCAUUCGAACCGCACCAGAGUUCACUUCAACUGAACCCAGACCGAGGUUUUUAGACGGACCAGAGUCCACUCUUUGGUCCGAAUCAGAAUUCGGUUAAACAUUCACACGUCCCCAAAUGAACCAGACUUUCCUGGCAAAUGGACUGGAGUUGGAUUAAAACAGACUGAACGGCGCUGGUGUGAAUUCACCUUUAGUAGAGUCACAGUUUACUUAGGCUGUGUUCACACUUAUAAUCCUUUUAGUCUGUUAUCUUGAAAUGUUUUCUGGUGGUUUGGUUUCUUUUCACAUGGAAGCUCCAAAGGAACGAGACCAAACAUUUUGUUUAUGGGUCAGAUGAGCCCCGACUGGAGAACCAGAUGCAAAUACAGAAACAAGGAGAAUUUAAUCAAUCAUAUUAUAAUCAUAAGAUAACAUUUUGUUUAGUGUUUUUGCUAUAUGUUAUGAUCAGGGAUUGUUUAGGGGAAAAGUUAGGACAAUUCCAAGACCCCCUUACCGACAGGAGGCCCUCCACAAAAAAAUAUUAUUUCUUCUUAUAGGAAUAUAAAAAAAUGGGUGUCCUAUUAAUUACAAAAUUAAUCAUAUAGCAUUUUUAAAAUUAGUUUUUGUCUUUAAUUUCUAACCACUUUUAUAUACAAAAUGGAAAGAGUUUAUUGUAGAAUUAGUAAAUAAUCAAUAUUGUUCUGAUCUCUAAUAAAUUUUAAAGUAUGCAAAAUAAGAAAUAUUUCAUUAGUUAAAUGAAAAUAAUCAGACUCAGUUAAAAUUCAGAUAAUUUUCUUCUUUAGGUUUGUGUUGGUUUAAUUUGAGUUUUCCCAGAUCUACACACAAUAAUUAAUUUAUGGAAGAAUUAGGCAACAUUAA